CGGAACUGACGUGAGCGGACAAAGGCAGCGCGCGCCGCGAGGUGUCGUGUCUGGUCGUGGUGUGACCGAGGUGGCUGUGGGCUUCUGGGCUCUUCGCUGCCGCCGCCCUCUCUUUCUCUCGCCCCGUCCUCUUCUUCCGGGUCCCGGGAGCCCCCGCCCGGGAGCACGCCGCCGUUGUCCUAUGUCCAGCUGCAGACACACGGACCCAGGGAGAACAGGCCCCAGCCGGCAGGCCUCCAGGAGGAGGAGGAAGCACCGCUGCUGAGUGUGUGUCUGAGCGGAGCCGGGGUCGGCGACAGCAUGACGAGCGAGGUGAUAGAAGACGAGAAGCAGUUCUACUCGAAGGCCGAGCUGUACUGGAAGGAGGUCCCGCCGACGGUGGACGGCAUGCUCGGGGGCUACGGCCACAUCUCCAGCAUCGACCUCGGCAGCUCGCGGAAGUUCCUGCAGCGGUUUCUGAGGGAAGGCCCGAACAAGACGGGGACCUCCUGCGCCCUGGACUGUGGCGCGGGCAUCGGGAGGAUCACGAAGCGGCUGCUCCUGCCCCUCUUCCGCGUGGUGGACAUGGUGGACGUGACGGAGGACUUCCUGGUCAAAGCGAAGACCUACCUGGGCGAGGAGGGCAAGCGGGUGAGGAACUACUUCUGCUGCGGGCUGCAGGACUUCAGCCCCGAGCCUGAGUCCUACGACGUCAUCUGGAUCCAGUGGGUGAUAGGCCACCUGACCGAUCAGCACUUGGCUGAGUUCCUGCGGCGCUGCAAGCGGGGCCUGCGCCCCAACGGCAUCAUCGUCAUCAAGGACAACAUGGCCCAGGAGGGCGUGAUCCUGGACGACGUGGACAGCAGCGUGUGCCGGGACCUCCAGGUGGUGCACGGGAUCGUCCGCAGCGCGGGCCUCAGCCUCCUGGCCCAGGAGCGGCAGGAGAACCUGCCCGACGAGAUCUACCACGUGUACAGCCUGGCCCUGAGAUGACGGGCGGGCGGGCGCAGGAGCCAGAGGACCCGUGCGGGGGCGGGGAGCUGGCGGCCAGGGGCCGCCCGGAGGCCCCAUCCACACCGGUGGUUUGCAGUGUUGGGUGAGGCCACCGGAUACACCUGCCUGCCGCCCACUCACCACACAGGCUCUUUUAGCAGACACUGGGACCCACCGGGGAGUGCGGCUGGGUGGGCAGUGGGGACUGGGCAGAGCCAGCCUGUGGGAACACGGCAGCAGAGCCCCUGGGUCCCUGCCGCUGCCGUUACCAGGCCUUCCGGGCACGCACCUGGCUGCCUUCAGAGGCAAGAACCCUCUUAACUCGGUGGAGGACAGUACCUAGCGGGGAGGAGCGGGCUGCUGGAGCAACCAGCAUUGCGUUACUUGCAGCUAGUGGGAGGGUGACAGUCCACGCGCUUUGGUGACAGGGCCCGGAGGUGGUGAACGGCAGCCUGCAGCCAGGAAUGAGGUCUGUAACCUCAUUUUGGCCACGCCCUGUGGCUCCUCCUUGGCUUGCGUUUCAUUUCAAAAUAAAAGAGGGUGACUGUU